AUGGCACAACCUCGUCAACGUGCACGCACGUCGGAGACCCAAACAAACGAACAGCUAGCCCAGAAUCUGCAACAGCUCACGCAGACCAUGCAAACUCUAAGUGAAGCUCUCUUGCACAACAAUCAUCUCGCUCCGCUACCACAGCCGGCCGGGCAUAGAGAUGUUGGACGCCUUGUGUCGGGCCAUAGACCACCGAUGUUUGGCGGUGAGGAAGACCCCGUCGAGCUCGAGGACUGGGUGCGAACCUUUGACAAGAUCUUCUCCAUCGUUGGGUGCCCCGAGGAACGCCAUGUGGAGUUAGCAUCGUUCUACUUCAGUCAUGAAGCUGACUUGUGGUGGGUGCACGAGGGACCCGCAUGCCUUGAGGAGCCAGACUUCGACUGGACGACUUUGAAGGACCGGAUGCGAGAGCGGUUCUAUCCGGCACAUGUUCGAGCUGCUAUGUAUGAGGAGUUUCUACACCUCCAGCAGGGUUCAUCGACGGUGGUUGAGUACCACAAGAGGUUUCUGGAGCUCACUCGCUUCGCUAGAAUGCUUGUCCCCACCGAGCUCGCGAAAGUUGAGAAGUUCGUAGCCGGACUCAAACACGAGGCUCGCAAGGCAUUGACCGUGAGCAAGCCGAGGACCUUGAAGGAGGCUUACCUGAGUGCUGCGGACUUAUAUCGGGUGCAACAGUUGCAACGGGGAUCCCUUGAGCUUGUUAGGAAGAGGAACGAGAGUGGUGGAUCUUCCAACUUCAAGAAGCCAAGGCAGGAUUUCCGAGCCAAGACCGCAUCUUCCCCACCUCAAGGACCAACCCGAGUAGGACCGGGUGAUCAAGCUAAGAGGUUUACGUGCAAAUUGUGUGGGAAGGAGCAUGUAGGAAAGGAUUGCCAAGGACAAGCCCUUCGAUGCUACAGAUGUGGAUAG